UCAAUGGACAAGUUUGAAAUUGUUGUUGUUGUGGUUGAGAUUCUUCUAGACAUCAGUUUGUCCAAACUUUAUAAGGUUUUAACGGGCGUCGGUUUCAUCCACCUCUCUCCGUUGUACUCCUCUUCCGCCGUCUUUUCCUCUCAUCAUGUCUCCCAAAACCUCGAUCCAAUUGCGCCGUGGAGCUCUCUUUCUUACCUUCGUCACCCUUAUCGCUUUGGUUCUUUACAGCGCCUCUGAUUUGUCGUCCGGUUCCUUUUCUUCCUCCUCUAUCCCUUCUUACCUCAACGACUCAUCUCUUCCGGAAUCGACCCAAGAGCUUGAAGAAAUUUUGAACAAUGCUUCCAUGGUGAAUAAGACUGUUAUUUUAACGACUUUAAAUGAAGCCUGGGCGAGCCCAGGAUCAAUUUUCGAGCUUUUCCUCAAGGGCUUUGAGCUCGGAGAUGGCACGCAUAGGCUUUUAGACCAUCUGGUGGUUGUUGCCUUGGAUCAAAAUGCAUACAAUCGUUGUCUAAUUGUACAUAAGCAUUGCUAUGCUCUUGUCACCGAGGGUGUUGACUUCCACCAGGAAGCAUACUUUAGGACCACGCAAUACUUGAAGAUGAUGUGGAGAAGGAUCGAUUUCCUCCAAACUGUCCUCCAGCUGGGUUAUAGUUUCGUCUUCACGGAUGCCGAUAUCAUGUGGUUUCGUGAUCCAUUUCCACGCUUCUUUCCGGAUGCUGAUUUCCAGAUAUCAUGCGACAAAUUCUUUGGCAGAUCCGAUGAUAUGGAAAACAGACCUAACGGGGGAUUUAACUACGUAAAAUCUAAUAAUCGGACGAUUGCAUUCUACAAAUUCUGGUAUUCUUCAAGAAAAAUUUAUCCAAAAUAUCACGAUCAGGACGUUCUGAAUAAGAUAAAGUCGGAGCCUUUGAUCAGGAAAAUGGGAUUGAAGAUACGAUUCUUGGAUACGGCUUACUUCGGCGGUCUCUGCCAACAUAGUAGAGACUUGAAUGUGGUAUGUACAAUGCAUGUAAAUUGUUGUGUUGGAAUGGAUAGAAAGCUACGUGACAUGAAAAUGAUGCUUCAAGACUGGAGGGCAUUCAUGUCGUUGCCUUUGGAUUUAAAGAACCAAUCAAUCAUCUCUUGGAGGGUUCCUCACAGUUGCAGGAAACAUUGAAGGUGCACUGGGUUUCUUGGACAGAGCCAACGCCCAACCUGUCGAGGUA